GAGAAUAGAGACUGUCAACCGCAUGUUUCCAGCACGCCAGCCCAUUCUAUAAACGCGAUUUUUUUUAUUUUUCUGUUCACUAUAUUUUCGCCAUGUUGUGGACGGCUGGUGCGAUCAUCAGGAAAUUCUCCAUGAGCUCUGCUUACCACCAAAAUACGCUGAAGUUGGCCCUGAUUGGCCAGAGCUUGUUUGGACAGGAAGUGUAUACAAACCUCCGCAAGCAGGGCCAUAAAGUGGUGGGCGUUUUCACAGUUCCUGAUAAGGAUGGCAAGGCGGACCCCCUGGCUGUGGUGGCGGAGAAAGACGGGACGCCGGUGUUUAAGUUCCCACGGUGGCGGGUGAAGGGUCAGCCCAUCCCUGAGGUGGUGGAGGCGUACAAAUCAGUAGGCGCCGAUCUGAAUGUCAUGCCCUUUUGCUCCCAGUUCAUCCCCAUGAAUGUGAUCGACUUCCCCAAAUAUGGCUCCAUUAUUUACCACCCCUCCAUCCUGCCCAAACACAGAGGAGCCUCUUCUAUUAACUGGACACUAAUCGAAGGUGAUAAGAAAGCAGGAUUCAGUAUAUUCUGGGCUGAUGAUGGCUUGGACACUGGUCCCAUCCUGCUGCAGAGGGAAUGCCCAGUUGAACCAAACGAUACUGUGGACACACUCUACAACCGCUUCCUAUUUCCAGAGGGCAUUAAGGCCAUGGUAGAAGCUGUAGAGCUCAUUGCAGAUGGCAAAGCUCCUAAGAUCCCUCAGUCUGAAGAAGGAGCCAGUUAUGAGGGCAUCCAGAAGAAAUCCAAUGCUAUGGUGAAUAUGGCCCAGCCGGCUGAGGCCAUCCAUAACUGGAUCCGUGGUCAUGAUAAAGUUCCAGGUGCUUGGAUUGUCAUUGAUGGAAAGCCAGUAACGCUGUACAGCUCAUCGAUGCUGGGAGGGUCAGUGCCCACUGGUCAGCCAGUAGAGUUGGAGGGGGCGUCUCAGCCCGGACUCAUCACCAAAUCUGGACUUGUUCUGUUUGGAUCUGACGGAAAAGCACUCCAAGUGAAGAAUUUGCAGUUUGAGGAUGGAAAGAUGAUUUCAGCAUCCAAAUAUUUCUCAUCAGAGGAGACUACCAGUUUGGAUCUCACAGAUGUUGAGAAUAAAAUGGCUGAGGAGAUCAGGGCGAUCUGGAAAGGCAUUCUGAGUAAUGUACCAGCAGUUGAAGAUACAACAGAUUUCUUUAAGUCAGGAGCUGCCUCAAUGGAUGUGGUCAGAUUGGUGGAGGAAGUAAAGCAGAAAUGCAGUGGAGUUCAGCUUCAGAACGAAGACGUUUACAUGGCCACCACCUUCCAAAGUUUCAUCCAGAUGUUCGUUCGACGCUUGCGCGGAGAAGACCAGGAAGAGGAGCUGGUCAUUGAUUAUGUAACAAAAGAUGUCAAUAACAUGACCCUGAAGAUGCCUUAUCAGUGUUUCAUCAACGGCACGUUUGAAGAUGCAGAAGAUGGAAAGACGUACAACACUGUGAACCCCACAGAUGGUUCGGUGAUCUGUAAGGUGUCAUAUGCUUCAGUGGCAGAUGUGGACCGAGCGGUUAGUGCAGCCAAAGAGGCCUUUAACAACGGGCCUUGGGGCAAGAUGAACCCCCGUGACAGGGGCAGGCUGCUCUACCGUCUGGCUGACCUAAUGGAAGAACAUCAGGAAGAGCUGGCCACUAUUGAGGCAAUUGACUCUGGUGCUGUUUAUACACUGGCUUUAAAAACCCAUGUGGGCAUGUCCAUUCAGACCUUCAGAUACUUUGCAGGCUGGUGUGACAAGAUCCAGGGCUCAACGAUACCCAUCAACCAAGCCAGGCCAAACCGGAACCUCACCUAUACCAAGAAAGAGCCUCUGGGUGUGUGUGCAAUAGUGAUUCCAUGGAAUUAUCCAUUGAUGAUGUUGGCGUGGAAGAGCGCAGCCUGUCUGGCAGCUGGAAACACACUCGUCUUGAAACCUGCACAGGUAACCCCUCUGACUGCACUGAAGUUUGCAGAGCUGACAGUCAUAGCUGGCAUUCCGAAGGGCGUGAUCAACAUUUUACCAGGAUCAGGUGGUCUGGUUGGGCAGAGGAUGUCUGAUCACCCUGAUAUCCGUAAACUGGGUUUCACAGGCUCCACUCCCAUCGGCAAACAGAUCAUGAAAAGCUGUGCAGUCAGUAACUUGAAGAAGGUGUCUCUGGAAUUGGGUGGCAAAUCUCCCCUCAUUAUCUUCAGUGACUGUGACAUGGACAAGGCAGUGAGGAUGGGCAUGAGUUCUGUUUUCUUCAACAAAGGAGAGAACUGCAUCGCUGCUGGCAGGCUAUUUAUAGAGGAGUCCAUUCAUGACGAGUACAUCAGGAGAGUGGUUGAGGAAAUUAAGAAGAUGAAGAUUGGAGAUCCUUUGGAUCGCUCCACAGAUCAUGGACCUCAGAACCACAAGGCCCACUUGGACAAGUUGGUUGAGUACUGCGAGAUUGGCAUCAAGGAAGGGGCGACGCUCGUCUACGGUGGGAGACAGGUGGACAGACCAGGCUUUUUCAUGGAGCCUACGGUUUUCACAGAUGUUGAAGAUCACAUGUUUAUCGCUAAAGAGGAAUCAUUUGGUCCCGUUAUGGUGGUAUCCAAAUUCAAGGAUGGUGAUGUAGAUGGAGUUUUAAGCAGAGCCAAUGACACAGAGUUCGGUCUAGCCUCUGGAGUUUUCACCCGUGACAUCAACAAAGCCAUGUACGUCAGUGAGAAACUGGAGGCAGGAACAGUGUUCGUCAACACCUACAACAAAACCGAUGUGGCAGCACCAUUCGGAGGCUUCAAACAGUCUGGCUUUGGCAAAGACCUCGGUGAGGCAGCCCUGCAUGAGUACCUGCGGACUAAAGCCGUGACAGUGGAGUACUGAGAGAAGCCUGCAGCUUGACUCUUGAUAGAACUACAGAAGUGAUCUAUUGUCUUUGGCUUUUUCUUGAAGCAGGUUUGAUUGGAAAAGAG